UGCCCACUUAGCUCCUCCUCGUCCCCUUUGACACUGCUCUGAGUGCAAGCACGAUGCCUCCUGAUGACCCCCUGCAAACUCAGCCCCUGGGGAAAACUUUGUGUCUCGGAAUCCCGCAGUAGACGAGCUGGGGGUGCUAAGCGCGGGGGCAAGGUUUGGAAAUCUGCGGAGACCACAGUGGCCGGCUGCAGCGAACCCUUGGCACCAGGCAAAGGAAAACACUGCCCUUUCCGCUCCUACCAGCCCGCGGCACGAGACCUGCGUCUAAGGUGUGUACGUUCCAGCCUGGGGCCACCACUUGCCUACAUCUUCCCGGUACCACCCAGGGUUCAGGGGCGGAGGCAGAGGGCAGGGGACUGCGGAACCGUCCCCGGAGCGGGACGCGAACCGGCAGAGUUGGGAGAAGAGCCUCCGCGCCCGAGAGCUGAGCAUGCUGCCCCCGCGUGCAGCGCCCGCGUGCACCCAGCUCGGAGAGGGGGCGACAGGGCGGAGGCGGUGGCCUCCGGAAGGUGUCUGGGACCGGACCCGCUGCACGUGAGCCUAGCGUGGGGUCAUGUGCACCGGCUCAGCCCGGUUCGGCGCCCGGACGUGCUGCGUAUCAACAAAAUGAAACUCGAGGCGACAGGAGGGCAGAUAGCUCCGGUUCUCCGAACCACAAUCCCCAACCGCGCGACCUCCCCUCUGCACCGGUCUCCCACCGCAGCCCCUCCGCCCGGCCGGAGCCCGCCGAGCAAGUUGCAGCCCCGGCGCGCCCCCGCCCGCCCGCGCCCCCUCGCCGGCCCGGGGGCGCUUUGCCGCAGUCAUUAAUAAAGAAGGUCGCCAAGCUCA